CGCGUUAUUCGACAAUAAGGGGACAUGACGACAGGCAGUUGACAAGAAGGAUAUUUGUGUCCAAAUUGUACCAUCCCUCACUCUCCAUCCACGACCCCUCUGGCUGCUCCAUCGCUGUCGUAGCGCCGCGCAGGCGCUCCGCCGAAUACGUUUCUCUCCUCCGCUACCCUCCUCCUCUCAAACACACACAUCACGAUGCCGACCAAACCGACGAACCUGCUGGCGCAGUUCCUGCGGCCCAAUAUCGUAAGCCACAAAGUCGGCGUCGUCGUCUCCGCCGGGAAAAUGGCCAGGGCAGUCAAAGUCCGCGUCGCGGAGCAGACAUGGAACAAGCAUAUGCGAAAAUACUUCCCCUCCCCCCGCACCUACAUGGUCGCGGACCCCAACUCCUCCCUCGUCGAAGGCGACGUCGUCCGCAUCACCUCGGGCCACCGCUUCUCCAAACAAAUACACCACGUCGUAACAUCUAUUAUUGCGCCCUUCGGGACCCCCGUAGACCAGCGACCCCCCGUCCUGACGCAGGAACAACUCAUGCAGAAGCGGCUAGAGGCGCGGCUGGAAAAGGAUGUGCGGAGCAAAGAGCGCGGACGGCUGACGAGUAUAUGGCGGCUGAAGGAGGCGAGGAGAGCAGGGUAUAAGAUCCCCGAUUUGGAGACCGCCAUGCGGAAUGUGAAGUUGGAGCAGGAGGUGGAGGAGACAGAGGGUGAGGGCAACAAGGAAGCGCACAAGGGGCAGGUGGGGCAGAUGGCGACGGCGAAGCAGAGGAACAGGGCGAGAGGGGAGAAGGCGAAGGAGGAAGCGCUGGCGCAGGAGGAGGUGAAGCAGGCGAAGAACCAGACCGUGGAGAAGACCGUGACCAGGACGGCAUGAGCAUUUGUGUAAAGAAGGACGGGAAUUUUUCUUUUCGACGCUGAAGCACCGCGUCCAUGUACGAGCAAGGCAUUGUAAGAUAUGGCCUGAUGUUGCACGUUGUGCCUGUAUCAAGAAUCAUUGUAAAUGUAUUCGACUUGAAAGCAAG